GACUCGACUAAGAAGCGGAACUAGUUUGGCCGCUGUGAGCCGCCGUAGUUCUUCACCCGUUUUCCAAGAUGGGCGAAAAGAAGACUUCAGCUCGCGCCCAGGAGGCGAACCAGCGGCGGAUCCUGGACCGGGCCACACGCCAGCGCCGCCUCAACCGCCAGCUGGAGGCGCUGGAGAAGGACAACUUCCAGGACGACCCGCACGCCAGCCUGCCCCAGCUGGCCAAGCGUCUGCCGCAGUUCGACGACAGCGCGGAGCCUGGCAAGAAGAGGAAGAAGACCAGAGGCGACCACUUCAAGCUGCGCUUCCGCAAGAACUUCCAGGCACUGCUGGAGGAGCAGAACCUGAGUGUGAGCGAGGGUCCGAACUACCUGUCUGCCUGCGCCCCGCCGUCCAAGCUGCCCCAGAGGCACUUCUGCGCUGUCUGCGGGUUCCCCUCCAGCUACACCUGUGUGUCCUGCGGGGCGCGCUACUGCUGCGUCCGCUGCCUGGGCACGCACCAGGAGACCAGGUGCCUGAAGUGGACGUUAUGAUGGCGCGAAGAUGACUUGUCACCCCCUCUCCCUCCCCGCCCCUCUCAUACUGUCCAGCUGGUUCCAAGAGUCUCCUAAUGCUGUU